UAAAGUGGACCGCAAAAAUUUAAGAUACUUUUAUUUUUGAAGUUUUUCAUUGAAGAUGAGUAGCCAGGUCAAAUCUAAAUAGUGAUUUGGAUAGCUCUUGAAAUUCUCUAUCGAAUACAAUAUGUGUCAAAUUUUCAAAAGAAGCUUUGUGAAGAGUUUUUCAGACAACUGUGCCAGGAAGAUUAUGACAGAAAGAUUUUUCAAUAUAACCAUCAGAAAGAGCCGAAAAUUUUGAAUAGAAUGAAUGGUUGCCCAGCUCUGUACGAUAUUCUAUCACAAAGUUAUAAGCAUUAGAGAAAACGAAAAAAUACGCUUUUAAUCGAAUUUUAGGGCUUUUUUUGAUAAAAAUCGACGAAAAACGCGUUUUUUUUUCGUUUUUUCUCAUGCUUAUAACUUUGUGAUAGAAUAUCGUACAGAGCUGGACAAUCCUUCAUUCUAUUCAGAAUUUUCUGCUCUUUCGAAUGCUUAUAUUGAAAAAUCUUUCUGUCAUAAUCUUCCUGGCACAGUUGUCUGAAAAACUCUUCACAAAGCUUCUUUUGAAAAUUUGACACAUAUUGUAUUCGAUAGAGAAUUUCAAGAGAUAUCCAAAUCACUAUUUAGAUUUGACCAAGCUACUCAUCUUCAAUGAAAAACUUCAAAAAUAAAAGUAUCUUAAAUUUUUGCGGUCCACUUUACAUUAGAAAAUUUUUAACUUUGUUCAUCAUCAUAUUCCCGUUAAACGCCGCCGAAUGAAUAUUCUAAACAUUUUUGUUUUCAAAACUUUGAUAUAAUAAAAUUUUUUAUUCUAAAUAGUACAACACCAGGUGUUGAUGUAUCAUCAGCAAAUGAAUAUGUAAUGUAUUAUAUUUAUUUGGCAUUUACAAAUUGUUUACAUCUUUUACGUCCACAACGUGUACCUGGUUUUGCAUUUGCAUGGCUUGAAAUAGUUGCACAUCGAACAUUUAUGUCACGUUUACUUUUAUCAGCUGGUCGUUUUACACGUCAAACACAUAAUAUGUAUGCAUUAUUACUUGUUGAUGCUUUACGUUUAGUAACACCAUUUAUACGUUCGGGUGAACAUGCACAAUCAUUUCAAGUUUAUUUUAAAGGUAUAUUAAAAACAUUUAUGUUAUUAUUACAUGAUUUUCCAGAAUUUUUAUGUGAACAUUAUUAUCAAUUUUGUGAUGCAUUACCAUUAAUAGCACAUCAAUUACGUAAUAUUGUUUUAUCAGCAUUUCCAAAACAUAUGCGUUGUCCAGAUCCAUUUUUGGUUAAUUUUAAAGUUGAUAUGCUUAAUGAUAUAUCAAUUGUACCGGUGAUAGCUUAUAAUUUUUCUCAAAAUAUUCAACCACCUAAAUUUAAACAAAAUCUUGAUUCAUAUUUACGUACACGUGCACCAGUUACAUUUUUAUCUGAAUUACGUUCAUAUUUACAACAAGGUGCUGAUCCUGGUUCACAUUAUAAUAUAAGAAUGUUAAAUGCACUUGUUUUAUAUGUUGCAACACAAGCAUUAUCAACAUUAAAUAAUAAAACAAAUGGUCAACCAUUAAUGUCAUCAAUAACACAUUCAGCACAUAUGGAUAUAUUUCAAAAUUUAGCUGUUGAUUUAGAUACUGAAGGACGUUAUAUAUUUUUAAAUGCAAUGGCAAAUCAUUUAAGAUAUCCAAAUACGCAUACACAUUAUUUUAGUUAUACACUUUUAUAUUUAUUUGCUGAAGCUAAUUCAGAAGCUUUACAAGAACAAAUUGUUCGAGUUUUACUUGAAAGACUUGUUGCUAAUCGUCCACAUCCAUGGGGUUUAUUAAUAACAUUUCUCGAACUUGUACGAAAUCCUAAUUUAAAAUUAUGGUCACGAGAAUUUAUGAGUAUUUCACCAGAUGUUAAACGUUUAUUAACAACACUUACACGUGGUUUUCCUCAUAUUCCAAAUGCUCCAAUAGGUACUCAACAACAACAACAAGCUGCCAUUGUUAAACCCUAGUUAUUUAUUAAUUCAUCAUAUCGAUUUAUUCAUUGUGUUCGUUAUUAUUCAACAAAUCAUCAAUUAAAAUGGUCAUCAUCACGUGUUCGUCAAACAUUUAUCGAUUAUUUUACAAAACAUUCUCAAAUUUCUCAUGUAGUUAUUCCAUCAUCAUCAGUUAUUCCACCAAAAGAUUCUGGAACAUAUUUUGUAAACAGUGGAAUGAAUCAAUUCAACAAUAUAUUUCUUUCACAACAAGAUAAAAUUAUACAACAAUGUGUUGUUAAUUAUCAAAAAUGUAUACGUGUUGGUGGAAAACAUAAUGAUUUAUCUGAUGUUGGUCAUGAUACAUAUCAUCAUACAUUUUUUGAAAUGCUUGGAAAUUGGUCAUUUAAUAAUACAUAUUUUAAACGUCAAGCAUGUACAAUGGCUUAUGAUUUAUUAACAAAUAUUUAUGGUAUUGAUAAAAAUCGAUUAUUUUUUACAUAUUUUAAUGGAGAAAAUAAUC